AUGGUAACAGCUAAUGGUAACAAGGCCAACAACGACAAUAGAGCAGUAACUACUGGUAACAAGGCCAACAACAACAAUAGAGCAGUAACUACUGGUAACAAGGCCAACAACAACAAUAGAUCAGUCGCUAAUGGUAACAAGGCCAACAACAACCAUAGAGCAGUCCCUACUGGUAACAAGGCCAACAACAGCCAUAGAGCAGUUACUAAUGGCAACAAGGCCAACAACAACAAUAGAGCAGUAGCUGAUGGUAAAAAGGCCAACAACAACAAUGGAGCAGUAGCUAAUGGUAACAAGGCGAGCAACAACAAUAGAGCAGUAGCUAAUGGUAAAAAGGCCAACAACAACAAUAGAGCAGUAGCUACUGGUAACAAGGCCAACAACAACAAUAGAUCAGUAGCUAAUGGUAACAAGGCCAACAACAAGCAUAUAGCAGUAGCUAAUGGUAACAAGGCCAACAACAAGCAUAUAGCAGUCCCUAAUGGUAACAAGGCCAACAACAGCCAUAGAGCAGUAACUAAUGGUAACAAGGCCAACAACAACCAUAGAGCAGGAGCUAAUGGUAACAAGGCCAACAACAACAAUAGAUCAGUCGCUAAUGGUAACAAGGCCAACAACAACCAUAUAGCAGUCCCUAAUGGUAACAAGGCCAACAACAAGCAUAUAGCAGUAGCUAAUGGUAACAAGGCCAACAACAACCAAAGAGCAGUCCCUAAUGGUAACAAGGCCAACAACAACCAUAGAGCAGUAACUAAUGGUAACAAGGCCAACAACAAGCAUAUAGCAGUAGCUAAUGGUAACAAGGCCAACAACAAGCAUAUAGCAGUCCCUAAUGGUAACAAGGCCAACAACAAGCAUAUAGCAGUAGCUAAUGGUAACAAGGCCAACAACAACCAUAGAGCAGUAACUAAUGGUAACAAGGCCAACAACAAGCAUAUAGCAGUCCCUAAUGGUAACAAGGCCAACAACAACCAUAGAGCAGUCCCUAAUGGUAACAUGGCCAACAACAGCCAUAGAGCAGUUACUAAUGGUAACAAGGCCAACAACAACAAUAGAUCAGUCGCUAAUGGUAACAAGGCCAACAACAACCAUAGAGCAGUAGCUAAUGGUAACAAGGCAAACAACAACCAAAGAGCAGUAGCUAAUGGUAACAAGGCCAACAACGACAAUAGAGCAGUAACUACUGGUAACAAGGCCAACAACAACAAUAGAGCAGUAACUAAUGGUAACAAGGCCGACAACAACAAUAGAUCAGUAGCUAAUGGUAACAAGGCGAGCAACAACCAUAGAGCAGUAGCUAAUGGUAACAAGGCCAACAACAACAAGAGAGCAGUAGCUAAUGGUAACAAGGCCAACAACAGCAAUAGAGCAGUAGCUAAUGGUAACAAGGCCAAAAACAACAAUAGAGCAGUAGCUAAUGGUAACAAGUCCAACACCAACAAUAGAGCAGUAACUAAUGGUAACAAGGCCGACAACAACAAUAGAUCAGUAGCUAAUGGUAACAAGGCGAGCAACAACCAUAGAGCAGUAGCUAAUGGUAACAAGGUCAACAACAACCAUAGAGCAGUAACUAAUGGUAACAAGGCCAACAACAACCAUAGACCAGUAGCUAAUGGUAACAAGGCCAACAACAACAACAAUAGAGCAGUAGCUAAUGGUAACAAGGCGAGCAACAACAAUAGAGGAGUAACUAAUGGUAACAAGGCCAACAACAACAAUAGAUCAGUAGCUAAUGGUAACAAGGCGAGCAACAACAAUAGAGCAGUAGCUGAUGGUAAAAAGGCCAACAACAACAAUAGAGCAGUAGCUAAUGGUAACAAGGCGAGCAACAACAAUAGAGCAGUAACUAAUGGUAACAAGGCCAACAACAACAAUAGAGCAAAUGGAGCACACGAUGCCACCCUGAUCCGUUUCAUCAUGUCAAACAUAUCCGGGACAAUUUACGUGUACGCAGCCGGAUGUGGUUUCGCCCCACAUGACAAUGGACUGUCUACAGUCCUGGCAACGCCGGUACACACCGACAUCUUCAAAGAGUGUCGAGGACGGUUCCGGGAAUGUUCCCCCUGUUUUAGUAAUUACCCUCGUGUGUUUCUCUCCGAUACAACGGGGGUCGAUGAGAGUCUCAGCAAUGAAGGCAGUCCUGGGAAUCAUACCGAGGCUGAAGAUGCCACUGGUAGCGAUUUAUCACAAUACCCAUACUGUCGGUGCUGCCACUGGUGGCGACUUAUCACAGUACCCAUACUGAUACUGACGGUGCUGCCACUGGUGGCGACUUAUCAAAGGACCCAUAAUGACGGUGCUGCCACUGGUGGCUACUUAUCAAAGGACCCAUAA